AUGGGUAAGUCUAUUGAGUUGGCAAAGAUUGUCCAGAAAAGGAAGGUUAAUAUAGCUUGUGUCCAGGAGACUAGGUGGGCAGGGUCGAAGGCGAGGAACGUCGUCGGGUAUAAGUUGUGGUACUCUGGAGUCGUGAAGGGUAAGAAUGGAGUGGGUAUCUUGGUGGAUAGGGAUCUUCGAGAGUCUGUGGUUGAGGUUAGGCGAGUGAAUGAUAGGCUAAUGUUUAUUAAGUUGGUGAUUGGUGAGCGCACCCUCAAUGUCGUUAGCGCUUACGCGCCGCAAGAGGGCUUGGACGAGGAGGUUAAGAGGCGCUUUUGGGAGGGUUUGGACGAUAUUGUGCGUAGUAUUCCACCUACUGAAAGGUUAUUUAUUGGAGGGGAUUUUAAUGGCCAUAUUGGGUCAGCUGCUGGUAGUUAUGGCGAGGUGCAUGGUAGCUUUGGCCUUGGGGAUAGGAACGGAGGAGGUAAUUCGCCGUUAGACUUCGCUAAGUCUUUCGACCUGAGGGUUGUGCAAGGAUUGCAAAGUUAUCCCGGGAGAGACCCUCGCGACUCAGCACAGGUUCUUAGUGAUGGAUAUCGGCAUUAUGAUGAAGAGGAAGAAGAGGAGUUGGAGGGAAGGUUAUCCGCUAUGGGAGCUUGGAGGAGUAGUGGAGACGCGAGCACUAUGUGGUCAACGACGGCGAACUACAUGAGGCAGGUGGCGAAAGAGGUGCUAGGGAUAUCGCAGGGUUUUUCUGGCAGGCACCAAGGCGGCUGGUGGUGGAAUGACGUAGUGCAAGGUAAAGUGGAGGCAAAGAAGGUAGCGUACGGGAAGUUGGCAGGAAGCACAAGCGAGGAGGAGAGGAGAUAA